UUGCCUUCCGGCAUAGCGGGACCGUUAACCUUGUCUUUCCGACAGGUAGUAGACUCCGAACCGAUAAGCAUGAUACCACUUUAGUGCUUCUACAAUAAAGUUAUAAUAGACUGGCUAAGGCCGAUUGCGAUCUACCGUUGAGCCCCGCGUGAACCCCCCACGCUGUGACACGUAUUUAUAUUUAAUAUUCGCAGAACGCAUAUAUUAUAGCCCGAAAGACCUCUUUUACUCUUCUUUCUUACCCCCUUUCUCUCAAAUAAUACAAUGCUAGAGUCACUCACGAAAUACUCACACUUCAAUGUCUACAGCCCGGCACCGUUCGUCAUCCACUUGGAAUUCAAAAACUCCAGCCUUGAGGGAAGCUACUUGCACACCACGCUUUUACAGUACAAGGCGUUGCUCCAGGAGCUAAACGCACUGCCGCUGGUCGCUUGCAUCAUCAUCUCAGCGGAGGGGGACAACUUUUCGCCUGAACGCAACCGACACUUUGUGUCAGACGUGUUUAAUUCCAUUUCUAUUGCCGCAACCGAGUACACGGCUCUACAUGAAACUACGGUAGAGCUCAGAACAUGCUCAGUAUACGCAUCCAAAAUCAGCAUCCCCACGAUCGGCAUUUCCCACGGGCGAUGCCACGGAGAGGCUAUGACGAUACUCACAGCGACAUCUAUUCGCAUGUGCAGCAAAGACGUUUCAUUUGCUGUGAGCAAAAACUCUGUAGUUAACUCCGAGCUCUUGAAGCGGUUAGGGGCGAUUGUCAAUAACCAGUCUACGCUUUUCGAGCUAGCCUUGACAGGUAGGGAGUUUGACGCCCACGAAGCAAGCAAGGUGGGAAUUGUCAGCACGGUAGCCACUGAUAAAAACCGGUGUCUUAAGCACGCGGUAGCAGUGGCAGAGAAAAUCGCCCAGAACGACGACGGGUACGUCAGAUCAACCCAAACGCAACUCCACAAUAUGUUAGAGGAACACGCCGAGGAUAUCAGACUGGGCACAUUUGGGUGUAUGCCGAAUAUGGUUCUCUAACACAUAUGGGUUUGACCCUUUAGUAUAUAUAUAUAAAUUAUUGUAAUUUAAUCCCUUUUGCUGGAUGAAGAAUAACCUUAGCGGUACUACGA